AUGCCGGUAUUAGAUUGGGCUUCCACUACUGUCACAAUUGGAUAUUCUAGUUAUGAUGUGUUUCUCAACUUCAGGGGCAAAGAUACUCGUAAUAACUUCACUGACUUCCUUAACUUAGUUUUGAAAGAUAGAGGAAUCAAUGCCUUUAUUGAUAGCAAAAAGUUCUGGACUGGAGAAGCCAUUGGCCCAGCAUGCCUUGGAGCAAUUGAAGGGUCCAAAAUCUCAAUCCCUGUCUUCUCUAAAGGUUAUGCACAUAGCAAAUGGGAUCAAGCAGAGAUAGUUAAUUUAGUUGCCAAAAGGGUUUUGGAUGAAUUGGUUAGUAGCACACAGUUGGAUGAAUGUCAAUACCCUAUUGGUGUAGAUUCCUGUGUAAAAGAUCUAUUAAGUUUAUUAAGUAUUGAUUCCAAUGAUGUUCAAUUCAUAGGAAUCUAUGGUUCUAGUGGCAAUGGGAAGACAACCAUUGCUGAAGCUGCUUAUAAUUGUAUCCUUUCAACCUUCAAUAGGCAUAGUUUUAUUUCAGAUGUUAGCAAACAAGCAGUGCAAUCUAUGGGUCGUGUAUCCUUGCAAAAGUGA